GCUCUAGUGUAAAGUGUUUCAACCAAACGUAUAGUUAGUAAUAAAUUGUACAUAGAGUGAUAAUUUUUCAAUUUCUGAUUAUAUAAAAUCGAGUUUCAAGACCAGAGUUUCUCCACUCUCCUGUCUGCUUGAGAAUUGAGAUAGAUAAAAAUCCUCAAGAACUAAAUUCUAAACCUUGAGUGAACCCAGAUUUAAAUCCUCCCUGGAGUCGCACCUAAACCAACCUUUCAUCCAUAUCGGUUCAGUAUGGCGACAACAGAAAUUCCUGGAUUGAAACUUGUUUCAACUCUUCCACCACGACUUAGUGCGGAUUAGAACAAUUUAUUAAUAUGUGACCAGUUUUAGUGAUUUAAUUUUGGCUAGUGUUGAGCUUAAUUAGUGAAAUGUCGCUGUUCUUGAAGCGGAGCGUGGCGGAUAUCUAUCCGCCACGUAUUGCCUGUUUUGUCUGCGGCAUGGAAGGACCGGCGGACUAUCCAUUGUUCCUGAGCCCCCACGGUACAUCAGCUGAUAACAAACUUUUACCGCAUUUUCCGUUUUUGCGGGAACUCGUUCCGCCAUUGGGCUGUCGUCCUCCCACUCCGGACUCCACAUCGUCCAGCUGCAGGUCCUGUUAUCUUACACUGAUGAAGCAGUGGGACGAUAAUGAGAAGGGUGGAGUCCCCCUGGAGAACAGGGUCUACUGGACAAAACGUCUUGACGAUCUACCGGUUUUACUGCCGGAGCAGCAGCUUGCGGUCAACAUGGAGGAGAUGAGCAGGUUUCCUGGGCUGGUCAAUCUUAGUUCUAAACCUGAUUACUCUGCCCCACAUUCAAAACCUUUGUGGACGGCCGAUGGAGCGCUACCCUCAGAAUCCACCACAAUCGUCUCCAACCCUGGGUGGAAAAAAAUGGGACCUCCGUCGUCCACGCCCAUUGUGAAUAUCGACCACUCCCAGGACGACAACGACUCUGCACUGGAUUUGAGCUCUGGUAGCCGGGACAGGGAAACCAUGAAGUCCCGGAGCUCUGUUAUCUCUCACAUGUCCACAACCUCUCAUCAUUCAAGUUACCAAUCCGAGGGCGCCGGGAGCUCAAACGAUAUCCUUGAUCUCACACUGCCCGAUAAAAAUGCAACGAUGGAAAUAUGCUACGUGUGCGGAGACGAUUAUAAAAAAGGAUUUCUGCAGUACGCCAGUACCCGGUCUGUUGGUAAACAACCCUUCUAUCCUAGUCUUGUUUUUCAUCCUCGGCCUCCCCGCAGCCGACCUCUAGACUCGGCAGGACGGGUUCAGUGCUGUGAUGAAUGUGUAGUUUAUCUGUUCCAACAGUGGACAAGGUUUGAAGAGCAAUCUGUCCCGCAUACAGACCGUAACUAUCUAUUACGUAAACGUGUAACAAAUAUAGUUGACACGGCAACCUUCGUCUGUUACAUAUGUGCGUUAGAUUACCAUUCCUCCUACCUACGCCUUCUUUACUGUAGAUCCAACAGUGAAAAUGAACCUUAUUAUCCUAUGAUAGAGCAGACUAAACCCCCACCCGGAGCUAGUCCUAUUUCCUCCGGGGGCAUGGUUCAAAUCUGCUCCCACUGUUAUAAGUGUACCAGGGAGAAGCAGUCCGGAAUCAAGAUGCAUGCGUUCGAACCUCCGCUUAAGAAACGGAAGUCAAGUCGAGCGAGUGUUGAGAUCUUGUGUGAUCCUGAUCAACCGGAGGACGAUGAUAAAAACAUUCCUUCCGAUAUAGAAUGCCUGCUGUGCCAGAGAAAAUUUACAAUUCAUAGUUUCAAGUUCAUCCAUUCCCAGGGCCCGCCCUUCGGAGGGAUACCAUUUUUUCCAUUUCUGAAAACUUUACCCCGCUCCGGGGACGAGUUAGGUUUUCCUUGUGACGACGAUUCCCAAGGACGAAUACGAGCGUGUCAGACCUGUACUACUAGUUUAUUUAAUCAGUGGACGACUUUUCAAAAGGAUGCUGUCCCUCUGGACGAACGAAUCUACUCGUAUCAGUCCCUAGUUGGACCCCAGUCCAGCGGACGAGUUACUCCCGGUGAUACUUUAUUGUCCCGCGCCACACCCACACCAACUUCAGGGCGUUCUCUGGGAUCCAACAACGGUGGAGGAGGGGGCGGAGCCAAUAUGCCCCUCCUUCAAUCCAAUCCGAUCAAAAUGGAAAAUGUCCGACCUAGAUCAAUUAACCCGUCUCAGUAUAGUGAUAACACCCCCUUGAAAGUAACUGUAACAGAACCUACCAUUCGUGUCAGACUUAACCUGGAGACCCGUGUUAGAACAACCUCAAGUUCAUUCUCCAACCCUCACUCCCCCCGCAUACCCUCUCAGCCUCCAACCUGCCACUCUCCCAUCUCAACCCACUCCACGGCCUCCGCGGACCCGAACCACAAGCCUUCCACCUCCUCCUUCUACUGUUUCCUGUGCGGGCUCCACUCAGAGCUCAGUUUUGCCAGGAUUCUGUAUAGUCAACCACAGGGGAAGAAAGCUCCCUACUUCUCCUUCCUAAAGGAGCAUGUGCCUAAACCUAGGGCAGAAACAAUGCGUGAGGAUGGAUCAUGUCUAGUCUGUACUUUCUGCUAUCAUAGUGUGAUGGUCCAGUGGUCCCGGUUCCAGGAUUCUCGAACUCCAGUCCCAUAUCAUCUCAGGAUAUUUAACAUCAAGGACUACGUGUGCUUCGUCUGCAGUGUUAAAACUUAUCGGAAACGAAUACGAGCUCUCAGAGUAAUGGAUUUCCCGUUUCUGAAAACUCACCGGGCUCAUAGAGGAACCUUGAUGAUGGAGAACGGAGAUAUGGCAGCUGUUUGUCUCGACUGUUUUAACUCCCUUAAAUCACAGUUUCACGAGGCUGCUAAGUAUGGGGUUCCUCUUGAGUCCCGAAAGUAUAACUGGAUGGUAGUUCCUCCUCCUCCUGAAAACUCAGCGUCUCUUGUUACGCCUAAAGAGAGAUUAGACCAGCUUUCCAACCAUUGAUAAUCUAUUCAUCUUUAGCUUUUAAAUUUUAUUCCUUUGACCUUUUAUUCUUAAAGGACCUGUAGACGGAAUUUCAAGUCACCGUCCAUUUAUAUAGUGGCAAUUUUCAAAUGGUGCCCUUGAAAGCUUUGUCUGAUCAAUCAUCUUCUCUCUGAGAAUUGAUUAUUGAUUUUUGUUUUAGUAACAAUGGUGGAAACUGUUUGAAUUCAACACUUUUUAUCUGAAAAAUUACUAAAUUCAACAAUUUUGAUCAGACAUAGGUUGAAAUGGUAGCGAUUGGAUCAAUCAUAGUAGUCCUUUUAAUUGCUCCACAGGUCAACACUUUAUUCGUUUCUUUUGUCGUUUGAAUAAUUACAUAAAAUAAUUCGUUUGAUAUCCCGUGUUCGGAACCCAUAGAAGGAAUAAAUUCAAGGGUCAAAGCCCAUGAUUCUAAAUUUUGAAAGUUGUAACAGAUAAUAUCGAGAUCAAGCACUGUAGUUAAGCGCUAUUUCAACCAUAAGUUUUGUCCACCGGUUUACUUCUUGGUGAGCUAAUAAUCAAGAACUCCUUAGACCCUGUGACGUCUACCUACCCUGUGUCCAAAUUUAAUGAAUUUAAGCCGCGUCUCAAAUCCCCCAAAAACCGGUUUCAAUUGAGCGCCAGCUUAAAUCUUGAAAAAUUGAUUACAAUUUUAAGUGGAACCAACCAGAUUUGAGCCGCAGCUCAAUCACAUUGAAUCACAUUUCGCUUGAUAUAAUGUUUAUAAAACUUGAAACCUAGAGAUGAAACUUAUCAGUCGUCUUUUCUCUCCACACAAGUCCGGUGAUCGCUUUAAAUAUAAAAUCUAGAUUUUAAAUUAUUUCUCUUAAUUCCUUUUGACAUUAUUGACCUACGAUUCAUCCAUCAGCGAGAUGUAAAGUAACUUAACCUUCCCUUGGGACUAUUGAGUAAAAUAACAUCGGUUAAAAACUUUGCGCAUUUCUAUCUCAAAAGACGUUAAAAUUGUGUACAACUAUUGUCGGGAAAUUCAACAAUUUUUCCCAACUAUUGGUUAA